AUGGCCUUGCCGGCAGGGAGGACCAAUCUUCGGUUUGGAGUCACCAUGCUGAAGCUAGCUCUGGUACUCUCCAUAAGCACCAGCUGGAUCAGUCCGGUCCUUGCCAGUUUCAUCCGGUUCAAACCGGACACCGAGUACGUCUACACCUUCCAUUCCUCCACGGAACUGAAGAUGGUUCAGACGCUGCAGACCGAGUCUAAGAUUGGCUUCGUAUUGGUGAAAAGUUCCAACAAUAGCAGCGGGCUUCAGGAGAUUUACCUCCGGGUUCACUCGGUGGUCGUAACCAGCCAGGAGGAACGAGUUCAUCUAAGCGAGGAGAGAGAUUUUACUGACUGGUUUUCAUUUGACAUCAGCGAGAAUGGAGCGAUUGGCCAGGUGUACUUCCCAGGUGACCAGGAUGAUCUGGUGAUAGGUAUUAAGAAAGGUCUGGUCAGCCUGUUGGCAGCUAACCUGCAACAUCCUCCACAAGAACAGGUGUUGGGAAGCGACUGGAGCUACGACUGCAAUGAGACAGGUCAUGAGGGUCAGCACGAGUCGUCCUACACGGCUCAGAUGGCUCCUGGCAACGAUGGCAUUAUUGUCUUCACCAAAACUAGACGGACUCAUCCAAUACCAUACGGCAAAUCCAAACACCAAAAGGUUUAA